AUGAGUGAGUUUCGGAGGACACUCCCAGUCAGUUUAACACUCGUUUUCUUCAGAUCCAUUCGUGAUUUUUCUUCUUCUGACCGCUCUCGCUACGAACUCGCUCAACCACACCGACCCGAUUAAUCCGAACCCAUUCGACCGAACCGUCUCCGAUGUUCCCCGUCCGAUCAGAGCUCCGAAUGGUUAGUGGACCGAGUGGAUCACUCAUCCAACAGAUCCGUUUGCAGCCGAUCCGUUGAAGACGACCAUCGACAAGAUGAAGACGAUCGCCAGGAUCGCGACGGGCAUCUUCCUGCAGCGGGCACUCGCCCAGAAAACCAUUAUGACCGACGCGCUCAUUUCCGAACUGCUCCGUCUGGGAAGUGUCACUCCGGCAGAUAUCAUCGGAAUCAACGCGACCGAACUGACGGAAGCACUGACUGCGCUGAAAGACCUGCCAGGUACGCUGACGGCCAACUCGAGGGCGAUGCGGUUCGCGGGUGUCUACAAGGCGCUGCACGAAGUGAAGAAGUUGGUUGACGGGAGCGGAAACAUCACUAAUUGGAGUGAGAAACGGCUCAAGGCGAACAUCGAGAAGAUGGUUCAGAACGGAAUUGAGCUGAAAUUCGUUACUCAGUUGGAAAAAUGCAUGACCCACUGGAGUUCCUCGUUUGAAAGUCUGAGUACCAUGAACUACAGUGAAAAUGGUGCUGCUUAUGUUUUUUCCGUAUUAAAAAAAACAGCCGAUUGCUUCAUUAAUGGUACAAAUCUCGUUUCUGCGGAUUUGAAAACGGUGAAAUUCGCAACAAUCGAAAGUGCCACAUCAGAAUUGUCUCCACUUUCGAAAGCAGCGAAAGGAGUCAAAAAGUACAGUGAUACAUUUGAAACUGUUAAAAAGAAACCGUCGGAUGCAGCCGAUUUCGCGUCCUUCGAAGAGUACUUUCACUCCGUUUUCAAUGCUUCGAGGAAAGUUGAUGAUAUAACGAAGUACCUUGAAGUCAUCAAGAACUUUUCGAAAUCGCGUAGCUUGCCACCGCACUCCCGUCAUCUCAAUUACACCUUCGGUUUUCCAAGAGGAUAUGAUGAUUUGAAUCUCCUGUCCGACGAUCUAAAUUCUCAGUGGAUCAGUCAAGUUGCGCGGGUCGACAGUUUUAAAAUGGGUUUGCGCAGUGUGGAGUCUCUUUCGCCCUCAUUGAAAGAUAUUGAAUCGGAUUUGGGAAGUGAGCAGCAGCGAGUGGCGAUGAAACCAUUCUUCAAGUUCGCGGAGGAAUUCAGAGGCGUGCAUCUCAAGUCAAAGAAUCUCAUCGAUAAUGCCGAAGCAAUCCGAAACUGCCAUCAAAUCACUCCGGACCAGCCAAACGCCACCGAUUUUAUGAACGUGGAAUUGUAUGCGAAGGAACUUGACGCGGGGAUGGAGAGGAUCAGAAAGUCAAUGAGCGAUAUUGCAAAGAAUCUGACAGCAGCUGAGGCUGGAAUUAUCAAGGUCAGAGAUAUUUGUGCAAAAGCCGAAGGAAAAAAAGGCGCCGAUCUGGAAAAGGUGUUCAAUGAGUUCAGAAACAACAAAGACAUGAACAAGACCAACGAUCUAUUGAAGAAAGUCUCUGAAAGCCUGGCAAUUGUCAAAACAGUUCAGAGGGACUCACCGAUCAAAGUCAAAGCGAAGGCCUUGAGCGACAAGAUGAGUGUUAUAUUAUCAUAUCAGAACGCAUUGACGAGUUUCGGGACUCUGUUCAGUUGUUUGCAAGGUGUGAAGGACUACGCAUCGGUGAUGACGUUCAUUUCGAAUUCUGAAGAGUUGAAGAGCGAUCAGUUACCCUUCUCGGUGGGCAAGGUCCAACGAAUUUUGAGCGAUGUAGCUGGUACUCCUGACAAGUUGAUAGCACUGAAUGACACGAUCGGCAGUAUCGACUUCAAGACGCCGGAAUCGGACGCUCUGAAACUUCUGGAGGACCCUUCCACUCAUUCGGAAGUGAUCGGAACCGCCACGCAAGGACUCGUCGCGAUGAAGAUGUUGCUCGACAAACAGUCCGAGUUCGAGCAGAUCCCGCAGCACGUUGGUCCGAUCGGGCAGGCAGUCGCCACGACGCCGCCUCAGUUGAGCUCGGAAGACGUCAUCCAUCUGAAAUCGGUCGUCGCUCUGAGCACGAAUAUCUCGACGUUGUUCGCCGAACUGCACACGUGGAGCGAUCAGAUCGUGGAAAGUGACUCGACAGUCCUGGCCGACUACAAGAAUCUCUUUUUCAAAUGCUGCGACGGUCGCCGGAAUACCUGCAGCGGAUGUGAAGGCGAUGAGUGCGGCGGUGGCCAAUCUGAAGGAUCUGACGACGGAUCCGACUGCGAGGGACGAGCUGACCAAGAUGGCGAAGUGGCUGGACAAUCUCGGUCUCAUCGGAGUUGACUUCUCCAAUUUCACAGCCAGUUUCGCCUCGGCCCCCAACUCUCUGGACCAGUUGGACGCGUUCUUCGCCGCGUUUGCCGAGCUGAUGGACCCGCCGCUCGUCGUGCACACAGGCCCGCCUCCACAGCCACAGCAACAACAGUCGGUCCUUGCAAACACCACCAGUGGAAUAUGGAUUCCGAAUACCACCGAGACGGCCAAGUGAGUUUUUGAGAAACAUUUCUGGAAUUUAUAAUUUUAUGGUUUCAGUAGUGCUACGCUGGCCUGGAUUCUCGGAAGUCUCGGAGGACUUGUGCUCAUCAUCGUCAUCGUCGUCAUCAUUGUGUGUGUGGUGAAGCGAGUGAAGAAAGUGAACGCGAAGGACAAGGAAGAUAGUGAAAAAUUGUUGCUGAGCACCAGUGCAAAUCAGGACGGAGGAUCGAACGCCGCAGCCAAACCACCGGUUCCGGUUCCGCCACAAAAAAGCUUUCUGAAAAGUCUCGCCGAGAAAGUGUUGUCACUCGCCGAUACGCAAAAAAGUGAGAGUAAGUUACCCGACUCAACAGUUCGCAGCAUUCGGUCGCUUUUUUUCAGAACCCAAGACCAAAGCGGUGCCGAAGGAAAAAGUCAUUGAUUUCAUGCAAAACCUUUACGAUAGCAUCAAAAACUUCAAGGAAGCGAUGAAAGUGUCGACCGUGAGGCUUGCGCUGAAGGGACUCAGCGGUUUCUUCGUUGGAUUCUGCGAAAAUCAGUUCUCGACAGUUCCUUUGUCGAUAAGCAGAAAUCUUACGGGAACCGAUCGGAAAGAGACGCGGUAAAAAUGGUGCGCAUUGACUCGUAAACGCCUCUUUUUUAGGCACGCCACAUAUUUUGCGGAAUUCGGACGAGUGAUUCUGAAGGGUUACCGCCAGUUGUUCACCUCAAACUUCAUCCACGCCAACGACCUGGUCCUGCGCAACGGUCUCGUGCUCCGACUCACGCAGGCUCCGAUUGGCAACGACGAGCGCGGCUACAUAGGGACGAUCGAGAAGUUCUACUGGAUGCUGCGGCAGGACAGAACCGAACGGGUGGUCAUGUUGUGCAAACUGUUCGAGGACGGUUCGUGAGCCGCCGCAAUAGUUUCCGACUAAUUGUGAUUUCAGGAACACGCACAUGCGCACAGUACUAUCCGGAGGAAAGUGGCGAUGAGCUCACGUUCCAAGGCUUGACAGUGAAAUGCACUUCGAAAUCGCUCGACUCGACAGAAGAGAUCGUCACCCGCGUGCUUUCCGUCAAAUUCACGUGAGUUCCGCGAUGUUGCAAAACAUUUGAAAGUGGAGAUAAUGCGGGAAGAAUCGCCUUUCUGGAUAGAUUUCUCGGUAAAUGUAUCCACUUUAGAUAUUUUUCCAGAGACUACCCCGAGUUCACGGUCAAACACGAUCAGUACCUCGGCUGGCCGGACCAAUCGGCGCCCAUGUGUGCCGACGGGGUCCUCGCGCUCCUCGACUCGAUUCAGAACGAAAUGAACCCGGUUGUCGUGCACUGCUCGGACGGAACCGGGCGGACCGGCACUUUUGCCGGUAGGAUCCGCCCGACCUUUCGCACUUCUUUUUAAACACUUUCCCCGGUUUCAGCCAUCGCUCUAGGCCGUGACAUGGUGGCCAAAUACGGAACUCUGUCGCUCGACCAUUGGAUUCUGAGCAUCCGCCAAUUCCGCGACAAUGCCAUCCAGACGCCCAUCCAACUCUCGUUCGCCCUCUUCGCCCUCUGCGCGAACCUCUGCGUGGUCAGUCUUUUUGUUUCUUGUAAUUUUGCAACAAAAAUUUUAAAAAAAAUUAUUUGCAGGGAAUCGAUGUCAAAUCGGAGAAGGUGUUGAGCAAGUCGCUUAUGGCCGUCAAAAACGGACACAUGGAUUUCAAGAAUUUUGAGGGGACAAAAGGGCAAAGAGAGAAGGUGGAGAGGGAAAAUAAGCAGUUGAUAGAUAUGUUGGAGAGGGAAGCCGAGGAAAAGAAGGAGGCGAAGCAGAGGAAGAUAGAGAAGAUCAAGGAAGCGGAGGAGAAGGAGAAGGAGAGGAUGAGGCAGUUUAACGAGAUGAGGAAAGAAAACUCCUGGAUGGACUCGCAGGACGAGGUGUGGUUCAAAGCCGUCGAGGAGCCUCGGUGGAGGAGGAGGAGGAGGUGUGGUUCAGAGUCGAGGAGUUCAGAGUCACCGAUAUUGAGCGAAGAAACUGAUGAGGAGGAGGAGGACGAGACGCAGAUAUUCGAUUCGGAAAUAGAGACGGAGGAGGAAGAGGAGCCGCCGAAGAAGCAAUGGUGCACGAUCAUGUAG